AUGGACGAAAGCGUGAUGCGGUUGUGUCUGUGUCUGUGUCUGUUGGGUAGGCGCAAGGGCUCAAGGGCCUUCCGCGCGUCAUACGGCCACUCGGGUGCGUACAAAGUAGACUGGAUGCUAAGACGGCAGAAGGAGCACCUGCAGGCGACUUCCAUGUUGCGAGGCGCUGGUACUGCCGGGACACAGUGGAUACACACCAAGUACAUAUUAUCUUCAAGAGAAGUGAGGCAAGUGAAAAAGGAGACUCCAGCAAGGCAAAAGGGGGUGGCUCUAGUCCCGUAUAAAGAAGAGGAGGUGGAGGAGUGUCAUCUGCUGUCAGACCACCUGGUCGUGCUUUUUGGUACGGGCAAGGCAGGAAGAUCUGGGGAAGGUACCAAGCACCUGACAGGCAUGGUCAUGGUGCCUUGGCUGGGCCGCUGGGGAGCCUGGCGGUACAUGGGAGGUAGCGGGAAUACAUCAACUCCCCAUCCCGCGGUAGCAGAGUUAGCUAGAAAGUUGAACAGAACUCCACGACGCAAAGAGCAUCUAUAUGCCGUUGUGGGAUCUUCACGUAUCCCAGACAGGCGUGGGCAUGGAAUCUCUCUGCUCUUGGAUUCGGACGAGACAAUGGCGGCGCUGGGAUUCGGCCCUUCGGGGGGCUGA